AUGAAGAUUUCUAUGUUAGAAAAUGAUACGGAACAAUGGACAAGAGCACAGCAAAGGCAUUGGUUAAUCGUAUUAGCCGCCGGUACAACUCUUGUUUAUGCUAGUCGUAAUUGUGUUCCUUUACUUAUACCUUCAAUUGCCAAAGAAAAAAACUGGAGUCGAUCGGAUUCUGGAAUUGUUUUGUCAAGUUUUUUUUGGGGAUAUACUCUAACGCAAGUCGUAGGAGGAUAUGUAGCUGAUAAAAUUGGAGGACAAAAAGUGAUAUUAUAUUCCGCUUUAGGAUGGUCAAUAAUCACUAUUUCAAUGCCAUUUUUUAUACAAGUUCUUUCUCCAGAAGUUGGUUUUUAUCUAAUGUUAGUUAGAUUUGCUCAUGGCGCUUUUCAAGGAGUUCAUUUCCCUGGAAUGAGUAGCUUAGCGAGUAAACAACUCUCAGGAAAAAAUAGAGCUUCAUUUUUUAGUUUGGCAACGUCCGGAUCCGCGUUGGGAAUAUUGUUAACCGGAACUUUUGGUUCCUACAUAUUAGAUAAUUCAAAUUGGCAAACAGUAUUUUAUUUAGUGGGUGGAACAUGUUGCAUUUGGACAUAUUUAUUUUUUUUCCUAUGUCAAACGUCAACUAAUGUGUUUAUAAAUUUUGAAAAUCAUAGCAUUCCGUGGAAAAAUCUCUUUCGAAAGCCAGCGUUUUGGUCAUGCGUCUUUGCUCACGCUUGUCAAAACAACUGCUUCUUUAUUUUGUUGUCUUGGUUACCAACUUAUUUUCAUGACAUGUUUCCAGACGCAAAAGGGUGGCUUGUCAACAUGAUUCCGUGGCUGUUUACAGUUCCUUGUACUUUUAUUGGAAAAUGGUUAUCUGAGUAUUUAAUUUCCAAAGGUUUUACCGUAACUUCGACGAGAAAAAUUAUCGAAGCAUUUUGCCUUUUAACUGAAUCAUUUGGACUUUUAGCUUUAGAUUAUAUAAAAUCAUUAAACGGAGUGUUAGCCUGUAUAGUUUUAAUUAUAGGAGCCGCCGGAUUUCACAACAGUGCUGUCGUUGUUAAUCCAGGUGAUCUCGCACCAAAACAUUCCGGUAGUGUUUUCGGUCUGAUGAAUACGGUGGGCUCAAUACCCGGUUUUGUAAGCGUUUAUGUAGCCGGUUUAAUUUUAGAAAAAACGCAAAAAUGGACUUUAGUCUUCAAUUCGAUAGCGGCGAUUAAUAUAAUUGGAUGUUCAUUAUUCUGCUGGUUUGGAAGCGGUAAUCCUAUUAUACAAUGA